UGUGGAGGAUUUCUCAUCACUGAAGACUUUGUAGUUUCAGCUGCACACUGUGAUGACUCCAACCCCACACACGUUGUUCUCGGCAACCACAAUCUCAAGAAUGGCAAUCAUCAAAAAAUAAGGAUUGAAAAAAAAAUCAUCCAUGAAAAUUAUCAAGGCGUUGCACUGGGUAAUGACAUCAUGCUGAUUAAAUUGUCUGAGAAAACUCAUCUAGGCCACAUGGUACGAACAAUUCAGCUUCCACCUGAAGAAAUACACCUUCGAGAAAACCAAGUGUGUCAGGUGGCUGGAUGGGGAAAAACUAAAACUGAUAAUAAUAAACCUGCUGACGAGCUGAUGGUGGUGGACGUGUCUGUCAUUGACAAACAAGUCUGUGAGGACCAGUGGGGUAGUCUUCCUGCCAACGUUGUCUGUGCAGGUGGAUAUGGCACAGACAAAGGAUUCUGUCAGGGAGAUUCUGGGGGACCUCUGGUGUGUCAAGGGUUAGCUGUUGGCAUUGUUUCUUAUAACAAUGGUAUCUGCAAUUACCCAGAGGAGCCCAACGUCUACACCGACAUCACCAAAUACCUUCAAUGGAUCAACAAAACUGUGACUGGCAGAAACAGUUUGGUGUAAAAGUUCGGCUUUUGCAUACUGAAACUUAAACAUUUUGAAGUGGUUUUCUCUGCUUGCUUUGUCAUCGU